AUGACUAAUCAAAAUGGAGAAGACUUGUUGAAGCAACUUCUUCGUUAUUAUCCACCCCCUCAAGACGAUCCUCGUACAUCAAAAGGAGUUAUCGCUACUAGUCAUUUGAAACCAUCAACAGAGUUGACAAACAGCCUUGUCAGUCUUUAUUUUCAAAACUUUCACCCUCUUCUCCCGGUGCUGCAUAAAAACUACUUUCUGAAUAGACUGAGUGAUACCAAGAGGCCGAUAUCCCCCUUGUUAUUAUUGGCGAUAUGUGCAAUUGGUUCGAAUUAUUCUGAUAACCCAGAAGCUAGAAAGCAUCCUAACGACCCUCACACUGUGGGCUUGAAUUUUUAUGAAAGUGCUCAAGAGAUGGUCAACCAAUACUUGAACGUGCCGCGCCUGAGUACCGCUACCGCAUUUUUUUUGCUGGGCAUAUUCGAUGCUCAGCGUAGCUUUAAAGGUACAAUUUACGUUGGGAUGGCGACAACACUUGCUGUUACGUUACGACUACAUGAUCAUAAUUCAUCUGAAGGGCGUCCGGCGAACGAACAAGAAGCCAGAAAGAGACUGUGGUGGGCUAUCCAAAUAGUCAAUCAUUUACAAUGUAUUACACGAAAUCGCAUGCUCCCUUUCGAGGAUAAACACUGCACAAUAGGUUCUCCGAAAACAUUGGGGGAUGAUGAGGUAACGGAACGACAAUUCACCGACUAUUUUGUACACUAUGUGGAGAUUACAAAGAUUAUGUAUGAAGUACUAGAACGAAUUCUCAAUCCGGACAAUGGGAGUGAAAAUUCAAUGAUUGGGCUCGAAAAAAGACUGAUGCAAUGGAAGAACGAUUUACCACCAUUUCUACAAAUUGACAAAGUCGAGCCAUUGCGGACGGCUAUUUCACGUACAACGAUUGAUCACGUACGAGUAUAUCUUUGCUUAUUGUACAAUUAUGCUUUGAUAAGAAUGCACAUCCAGAAUAUCGAUAAUGACCAUAGUAUGAGUAUCUGUACGGAGGCUGCGAAUACUAUCACAAAUUUCAUGACGGAUGAGUUUGUAAAUAUUAUAAAUAGUAAUCAGUUUAUCAUACAUUGUGUGUUGUACGCUGGAUAUAUUCAUGUUAGGCAUAUAAAUAACACGGCUAAUAACGCUCAACUGGCGGCAAAGUCAAAGAUGCAAGUAAUACAGACAAUUAGUACAUUUCAGCAGGUCAUUGGAAUACCCUCUUUACAUUAUAUACACUCUGCUACAAAACAUUUAAUUGCAAUAUUUGCCUGCCAACUAGAAAAUACUGAUGAUAUUGAUGAAGAGACUAUGAAUAUAGUAAAGGCGGCGCUUGAACUCGUCUCGUCUGAGAAUCGUGGUUCUAAAUCUAUCGGCGGGGGUAGGCAGGUCUUACCCGAACAAUUACAAAGUUCAUCAAAUGUACGUGACGGUACUAACCCGACGAGCAAACGGAAUGAAAGUGGCACUGGGAUGGAAUUGCUUGCGCAUACGGCAGCUACUCGAUCUGCCGAAUAUCCGCCGCCGGCACAGCAACCGUGGCUCACUAAUCAGCAAUCGCAACACUUUCAACCUCAAAAGAUGUUCUCUGCUUCAACAUCCAGUCACCCGCCGAUUGAUCCUUCAACGUCUGCGGUUAACGAAUCAACACCACCCUCGUCCUACACUCAUUAUCCUUCUCAACAUCAACAGUUUCGAAGAGAUGCACCUAAUCUAUCAUUAAAUACUUCUCCGACAUCAACGGUAUCAUCCAAUCUUCCUCUUUAUCACUCUACGGCUCAGACCCAAUGGUCAGCAGCUAAUUAUGCUACGUAUCCAUAUCAUAUUCAACAUCAGUCGCAAUCUUCAAUGCCUCAAACUGAUCCUCAGACACUUUCAUCGCCAAAUGAAUCUACGUUGAUGGAUGCGACGAAUUGGAUGUCUGAACGAACACCAAUGACGUUCAUCAGGAAUGCAUCGAUACCAGGAAGUAAUUUGACAUCGCCGAAUACAUCUCUUCCACCGCUUGCGUCCAAUACUAAUCUUCCCGUAUUGCCGUCAAUGGGCUUUCAGCAGAUAUAUCACCAGCGCCUACCUCUGAUACAACCGUCUCAGACAUCUUCAUCUCCGCAAGCUCUAUCUCCGCAGGCUCCCAGCAGCCAUAGUCAGCAGUCUCCUACUCGCCGCAUGUACUAUUCUUCUUCUUCUAGUUCAACUACGCCAACUACUCCGCAUGUGAAUAUGGGUAUGAACCAAACCUACAACUUUAACGUAGGAGUAUCGUCUCAAUCUGAAUUAACGUCUAGUAUGCCGUUAAAUGAAAUGUCUCAGAUGGGCGGAGAGAGCGGUGGAAGUGGGUCUAGUAUGAUCUCGGAUGGAGUAUCUGUCAUUCUUGGUCCAGGGAAUCAAGCAAGCAGGGACGAGGAUGUUAUGGUGCAACAUGGAAGUAAUUCAAAGUAA